GAGCCCUGACAUGGUUUUAGUUCUUGAUCCUUUGGUCAGAGAGAAAGUCUCUUGUCCUCUGACCCAGCGGAUCCAAAGCGAUCAUGGCUCGCCCUCCUCAGAAGUCAUUCCUUCGUACCACGAGCGUUCAGACUCGACUGACAGCAGCUCCCAUCAGAGAAAGAGGCUGAACCGUAGCCACGAAUCCCAUCUGACGGAGCAGAGCUCAGAGGAAGUGAGGGCAGGUGUGAGUUCACUGAAGACACUUGACAAUGGCCUGGAGACCAGCGCAGGUUCACAAGCAUGCACACUGAAUGAGACGAGUCACAGAGCUGAAGACGUCCCGGGACAGAAGAUCACAUCAGCUAGAGACGCUCUCCUGACCUCUCUUACUAAUGGCAAGGAGACAGAUUUUAAAAACAAAGCCUCAUUCUCUGGGCCCAUCAUUCGUGUGAACUCUGUUCGUGACAGGAUGCGCAAGUUCACCGAACCUGUUACGAACGCACCUAAAACCAGCCGCGGUUCGUCUCAUUCCACAAACACAGCGUCUGCAGAGAGGUCCUCGUCCUGUUCUUCCUCCAUCCCAAAGAAAGAGAGGAAUGUCACUGAGAACAUGUUGGCCCAGCCCAGGCUUUUCUCCAGCCAAUCACACGCCGCAGUGGGCGGCUCACACGGCUGCACUAAAAAUGUCAGGCAUGCGUGUAACGGUUCAGAAGAAGUGCAGACUCCUGAGGUAGAAGCAUCUUCAGGGACCCACGACAUCCGAGGUGAACCCGAGUCCAACAUGAAGACCUUCCUCAGCAUUGAGAUCAGAGAUGGACGAAACCCAACUUCACGUUCUUCACUGUCAUCAUCGCCCUCAGCAGCCAUAAACAUGAGCCCUCGAAUCAUCACAUCUACUGCUCCACAGAGAAGAGAGCUGACGCUUGGUUUAAGAGCAACACCGUUCAAAGUGUCCAGCUCAAGUCUCUCAUCUGGAUCCUCACUUAAGAUGGAGACGGAGGCCAUUUCUCUUGUGGGUGAAUCUGUGUGCCAGGCGUCUCGUGACGAACCCGUGCUUCCUAACGGAUCAUCCAUGGCCUCCAUCAAAAGUGAGAAGCUGACCUCAGAGAAGCUGCAGGAGAUUGAGGACGAGGAGAUCCUGGACAAAAUGCUUGAUGAUUGCAAAGACUUUGAUGAAAGGAAAAUGAUCAGGACUGCAAUGAGAGAACUGCGAAAGAAAAAGCGAGAGGCUAGGCUGGGAUGCACACAGGAGGAAAUGGACCAGAGAGAGAAGGAGCGAGAUCAGCGUCUGCAGGAGCUCAGGCAGCAGCGGGAGGAGAGAUCUCAAAAAGCCUGUGUGGGUGCAGACACCAGUGAAGUCGUGGUGAAGAAGAUCGAGCGCUCCACUGACGGCUCCGCUGUCGCUCACAUCACCAAACGCGUUUCCCAUUCAGAUGAUACUGGCAGGACGUCCCGUAGCAGCAUCAUGGAAUCCAGCUAUGUUCAGAAGACAGACCAGGGAACAGUGCAAUCUAACUCCUACAGUUACUCCAGCACCACGUCCACUAGGAAGGUCGGCAGUGUUUUUGACCGUGAGGACAGCACGUCUCGUACCUCCAGCAGGACAUCGGCUCUUGAGCGCAGACAGACGGAGAGAACGGAGCUGAUGAGGGCUCAGACAUUACCCAAGACAUCUGCAGCGCAGGCACGGAGAGCCAUGAUCGAGAAGCUGGAGAACACAGGAGGCUCUGGAGGCAACUCGGCCAUUGCUCAAGUAAACAAGGUGCAGCGCUCCACAAGCUUUGGUGUCCCCAACGCCAACUCCAUCAAACAGAUGCUGCUGGACUGGUGCAGAUCCAAGACCCGUUCCUAUGAGAAUGUGAACAUCCAGAACUUCUCCUCCAGCUGGAGUGAUGGGAUGGCUUUCUGCGCUCUGGUGCAUAACUUCUUUCCGGAGGCCUUCGAUUACUCCAGCCUCAGUCCAGCAAACCGCAGGCAGAACUUUGAGGUGGCCUUCAGCACAGCAGAGGCCUAUGCUAACUGCAUGCCCCUGGUGGAGGUGGAGGACAUGAUGAUCAUGGGUAAGAAACCAGACUCCAAGUGUGUGUUCACAUACGUUCAGUCCCUGGUGAAGCACCUGCGCAAGCACGAGAUGAUGACGGCGCGAGCGCAGCGCACCUCUGACUUCUGAUGCUUUCCACAGAUCCUCCUGUAACAGCUGUAAAAACUCAUUUGGGAUUUUUUAAUAAUGAAAAAGUAGUUUGUUCCCACUUAUAACUCCCAAGAUGCCCAUUCCUUGAUUUCACCUGCUUAAAACGAAACAUUAUUUGAUGUUGAUUGCCCAUAUCUAUGGUUUUUAAAAGCUUUUAAAGCUGGUUCACGGUACUGUUGCUGUUAAUGGAGCUCAGACCUGCAUGCUUUCACAAGUUUACUUGAAGUUUUAGUUCGGUUUCGAAAAACAAAUGAAGGUUGUAUUUUCAUCUGUAUGCCAUAUUGUGUUUAUUUAAAAACAUUGUAAGGAAUAUUAAUCUCACUGCUUGUUUAGUGCGAGACGCAGCUCAUGAACUGUUUUUAAACGUGUUUCUAAUUGAAAGUUAUAUGAGUAACCCUAGUCGAGUCAUGAGUCCAAGUGAGAAGAGUAGAAGAGUGUUUUAGCAGUAAAUUCAUCUGAAAAGGUCAAUGUUUAUAUAUUUGGUUCUAAAGAUUAAGGUUGUAGUUUUUUGUUUUUUUUUAAUGACUGCACAUAGUUUUAUUUUUAAGGAGAAACACCACUACUUUGGUACUUGAAGGUUGCACGAACAGUGAAUUAUCAUUCAUUCACACUGACAUUGUUUGUACACACUCAUUCAGAAACGGUUGUGUAUUUCCCUACACCGUGGUUUUGUAUAGUACUCAUUAAAACCAUACAUGAUACCAAAAAUAUGUUUGU